AUGGCAUGGCUGCCACCAACAUCUCCAGCUACCCUGCGCGCCUCAAAACGCACCUGCGAAGAGAACACCAAAGACUCCAUGAAGACGCAAUGCCGGAGUGAAUUCCAAACGCUCAUUGAAGCUCCCAAUGAGUUCCCCAACAAUUACUCUCAGGCGUUCUUGGGAUCCACUCCACAAUCAUCAUCGUCGCUAUUUCCUGUUCAGCCUGCGUAUCCAGACAUACCCGAUACACGACUUCCAGAUGUCAACGGGAUUGCUGUAGGCCAUCAAGUUCCACCUUACGACACGUAUGCUCCAGCCCCCGCAUACAGAGAUUUGAAUGGACAGUACAGCCUCACAGUACCCUACCAGCCUCCACCAUCUACUCAGCGGAGCCACGACUAUGUAGACUAUCCGCAUCAAUACCACCCGGACGAACAAGCUAUGAGUGUGCUAGGAUCAUCUGUGCCUCAAGUUCCGCCUGAUCAAGGACAUUAUUACCCUUUGGACCCUUCGAUCGCUACAAAUCCUCCAGUUUAUGAACAGCCAGUAGGGGAGAGGCUUAUCUUAGCCCUAACUGCAGCAGGCUAUGGCCAAGAUGUUCCGGCUUCCAUAUCGGCUGAACAAGCAGCGUGGCAAGACAUUUACACCAGACAAAACGCAUGGCUUUUUAGAGCGGAAGCAGACCUCCAAGGUCGUAUUACCGAGAUCGUUCCUGGUAUUCCCCCUGAGCAAGGCGCUUUAGGAAGUUCUUUUGGCAUCGAACAUGAUCUGAUUCCCACUGAGGUGUGGUCUUUGCGCUCUCUUUCGCCUUUGUUACGCUAUGCCGCGUACCGUAUGUUGACUGAGGAAGCGCGUGAGAUGAUUAUGUAUAACCAGGCUAGCGAAGAUUUUCAGAGACGUUGGGCGUGGAUUCUGAACUUUCAAGCAUUUUUGCUGCAGAAAGAGAAGGAGUGGGUGGAAUCCUUCGAACAGAUUGUCGAUACGCACAGACGCCAGUGUUGGGACCAGAAAGUGGAAGAGCAAGCCAUCGAGACCCCUGUGAACCAGGCGAUGAUUGAUGCUACGUGGAAGUCACAGGUUGAGCGCCUGAUAGAGAACGGCGAUUUGCAUCGGAGCCAUAUGACCUGGCCAACACAUCAGAAUCAGGCGUUGAGACGAGCUCAGCUCGCUGCAGAAGGGCAGCGAGCACGAGUGGAAUCAGGCAAUGGAGAGGUAGAAACAGAGCGAAGUGGUAACGAGGAGAAGAAGCAGAAACAGAAAAGGCAGAUGGACAACACGGAAAAGGUUAGCCAGGAGAAGAGGAAACAACCAGUUUCGCAGCAGGAAUCAUUUGGAGAUGCGAUGCCUGGAUCUUUAUCUGCUGCGACACCAAACUCAAGUCAGCAGUAUGAAGGAAUAGCACCUCAACUAUGUCCUGAUGUAGCUGUUGCACGACUCGCAUUUGAUUGGAUUAUUGCACGGAUCAACAUGCGAGACAAGCAGGAUUUUGAGGAUUGUCGACUUGUGGAGCAGCGUAAGAAAUGGCCCGACUGGCCACGCUUCGAGGAGUGGUGGGCUGCAAGGCUUUCUCAGGUCCAACUUUUGCAGCUCUCACAGGACCAGAAGAUUGUCCUGAAGCGUCCGGAACCAUCUAGCAUUGCGGACAGAGAGGCAGCGUUUGAUGAGAAGACCAAGGAACUACUGCCGCUUGAGGCACAAGAACCAGCUGAUACGGAAGAGAAUACUGAGCUAGACGGUUCAGACCUGGACGGGUUGUUCGAUGAUGGUGAUGAAACAAAUCUCCAGGAGGCAUAG